AUGAAGUGGAGGCCAGCCAGGUUGAGCUCGCCGCUCUCACCACUCCUGCCAACAACCCCCUUGGCCUCUCCGACUCUGAGCGUUCCCUCCAAACUCCGAAACCGGAUUCCCUCGCAGAUGAGGAGGACCUUCCCGGCCUACAUCCUCAUCGUCACCCUUCUCAUCCUCCUCUUCAAAGCCGAAGUCUUUCCCUCCCAGCCAGCACCAGUCGGCUCCUCCUCCUCCGCCAUCACGAGGAGAAGCCACCUGCAGAAACCCCUCGGGAGCAGCAGCUCCUCUCACCACCAGUCACCGCAACAAGCCGGCGACUUCCCCAAGAAGAUCUGGCAAACCUGGAAGGUCGACCCGUACAACUUUGCCAAGCGGGACAAGAACACGGCCCGGACGUGGACGAGCAAGAACCCGGGGUACCGCUACGAGGUGCUCACCGACCACAACGACCUCCUCUAUGUCGAGUCCAAGUACGGGUCCGGGCCCGGCGGUCUCGACCGUCCAGACAUUGUCGAGUUUUACAAGACGGUCACGGCGCAGAUCAUUAAGGCGGACUUGCUGAGGUAUAUGAUUAUGUAUGCCGACGGGGGGAUUUAUGCGGAUAUUGAUGUCGAGGCGCUGAAGCCGGCCGAGCGGUUCAUUCCCACGAGGUAUAAUGUCACCGAUAUCGACAUGGUGAUUGGGGUGGAGAUUGACCAGCCCGAGUUCAAAAAGCAUGAGAUUCUGGGGGGGAAGUGCAUGUCGUUUUGUCAGUGGACGUUUAUGUGCAGGCCUGGGUUGCCGGUGAUGCUGAAGCUGAUUGAGAACAUCAUGAGCUGGUUGGAGGAGCUGGCUAAGCAGCAGAAUGUGAGUAGUGUUGGGGAGGUGGAGUUGGCGUUUGAUGAGGUGAUUAGCGGGACGGGACCGUCGGCGUUCACGGGGGCGAUUUUGGAGGAUAUGAAUUCCAAGAGGAAGGGGAAGGGCGGGCAGAAGAUUACGUGGGACAAUACUUUUCAUAAUUUGGACGAGUCGAAGCUGGUGGAGAGGGUGUUGGUGCUGGAUGUGGAAAAGUUUGCGGCUGGUCAGGGGCAUUCGAACAGUGGGAAUCAUGACGCGAGGGGGGCGCUGGUGAAGCAUCAUUAUCAUGCGAGCAACUGGCCAAGCAAGCACCCGAGGUUCAAGCACCCGGCGUAUGGGGAGGUGGAGAGGUGUAAUUGGGACGCCGAGUGUGUGAGGAAGUGGGAUGAGGAUGUCGCCCAGUGGGAUGGCCUCUCGGAGAAGCAGAAGAAGAAGAUUUUGGACCGGAAGCAGAAGGAGUAUGAGCUGGAGAUGGAGAGGUUGAAAAAGGAAAAGGAACAGGCCGAGGCGCUAGAGAGGCUGGGACGGGCGGAGAGGGAGAGGAAGAAGCGUGAGGAGGAGGAGAGGCUCAGGAAGAAGGAGAGGAUGGAGGAGGUUUAUCGGAAGGCGGUGGAGGAAGACAAGAAGAAGAAGAAUCAACAGAUCUUGCUGGAGGCUGCUGGGCUAGGACAUAAGGAGUCGACGCCGCCUGGGCCUGGGUUUGUUGCUCCGGCUCCAUUACCUGGACCUGGUGUGUUUCCGCCUGCAUUAUGA